AUGGCCGAGAUGAAAAGAAAGAGAAACGAGGAUGGCGCCGAUCGGCCUAGCAAGAAGACUGCCGUUGCGCCACGCGGGAAUGUGAAAGUCGAGCUUCUGCACGAGGAAGCACUGGGUCCGCUGCUGGCUGCGACGCCAGGCCUCAAGCUGCCUUCGCGCGUCAACCUCAAGCCAUACCAGCACACCAAGAUCCUGCCCAAAUCCUCCGUCACCACGCUGCUCCUCCAGUCCUCUGACCAUCCCCGCCUCGACUACACCGCCCAGCAGGAGCUAGACGGAAGCGCAGGCAGUCAGCUCAAGGACUACGUAGGAGUCUUCGACCCGGAGACCCAUACACUGCGAAUUGUGCCGGUAAAGAGGGUUACAGUGCGAAGCACCCUGCGCAGUGAAACACAAGAGCUCCAGGAAGAGCAAGCACGAUUGGAAGCAGCACAAGGCACUAUGACCGCGAAGAGAUAUGCCCUUGCCGCCGAGUUUGGUUCGAAGAAGUCACGCAAGAGGAUAGACGACAUCACCAUGAACUCCAUCCGCAGUGGGGCGCCAGAAACGGAGCACAGGAACGAGGGUGUAGCAGACAACGUGCUAGCGAACAUGGCCGACAACACCUCUGCAAUGCCUACAAAAGCUGACCUCGAAGCUGCUCUGGACAGCUCAAAGCCGCGACCAACGCCGAACCUUCAAGCGGAGUUCCCUGGCGACGUAUACGCCAUUGAUACUGUCGUUGGAAGCGAGCUUAUGAGCUUGAUUCCGGUCAAGGACUGGAUGGAUGCUUCCGAGGCCGGCCAGGGUGUACAGGUCAACAGCAAAUAUGUUGCAAAGCGUAUUUUGAAGCUCUGUAGGAUCAAGCAAGUCCAGAAGCUGAAAGUUUUGCGCUUCAUUCUGCUGUGUAUCAACUUCAAUGCAGCGUUAGCCGGUCAACCUGGCAGAUUUGCGAGAAAGAUACCGCCAAAGGGCAAGCUGGAGAGCUUGAUGAACGAGGAAGAUAAUAUCCCACUCGUCAAUGCGAUUAGGAGGAAGUUCGGCUCAGAAACCAAUGACAUGCCUCGCUGGAACAUCGAUAAUCUCAUGACUCACGUUGCAGCCGCUGCGCUUAUUGUAGACGACUUCGAGGUGGAUGUCAACGAUUUGCGCGAAGACCUAAAGAUCGAGAACAAGGAAAUCAAACAGUACUUCCAUGAGUUAGGCUGCAGAGUCAGCACACCAACGCAAACCGACAUGACAAAGUUCAAGUUGACAAAGGCCGAAGCCAGCAAUCACAACAUUGCCAAAUUACGUUUGCCGCUGGCGUUCCCGAGGGUCAACAUCCCCACUAAGAAGCGAAGAUGA